AUGGGGAGCCCUCAGGAGCUGGGAAACAUGACCAGAGUACAAGAGUUUAUCUUGCUGGGUUUGUCCACAAGGCCAGAGGUAAGGGAUGUCCUGUUUGCUGUCUUCCUGACUCUCUACCUGGUGACCCUGCUGGAGAACAGCCUCAUCAUCCAUCUCAUCCUCACUCACAGUGAGCUCCACAAGCCCAUGUACUUCUUCCUGGGCAACCUGAGCUGCCUGGAGGUAAGCUAUGUGUCAGUGACCAUGCCCAGCCUGCUUGUGGGGCUGUGGGCUGGACCCAGCCCCAUGUCCUUCACAGCCUGCAUGACCCAACUGUUCUUCUUCAUCUCCCUCAUCUGUACCGAGUGCACCCUCCUGGCCUCUAUGGCCUAUGAUCGCUAUGUUGCCAUCUGCCACCCACUCCACUACCCACUGCUCAUGAGGCCCCAGGUCUGCCUGUCCUUGUCCUUGUCCUCAUGGCUUGGUGGGCUGCUGGUCUCAGUGGUCAAGACCUCAUGUAUCGCUAGCCUGUCCUACUGUGGCCCCAAUGUCAUCAACCACUUCUUCUGUGAUGUCUCCCCUCUGCUCAACUUGUCCUGCACCCAUGUGGCCCUGACAGAACUGGUGGACUUCAUCUCUGCCAUCAUCAUCCUCUGGGGUUCCCUCCUUGUGGCCAUGGCCUCCUAUGUGGCCAUUGGUAGGGCCAUGCUGAGUAUGCCAUCGGCUGCUGCCCGCCGAAAAGCCUUCUCCACCUGUGCGUCCCACCUGGUGGUGGUGGGGAUUUUCUACUCAGCCACUCUCUUCAUCUAUGCCCGUCCCAGCCGCAUGGAAGCUGUAGAUCUAAACAAGAUUCUGUCUGUCAUCUACACUGUGAUCACACCCAUGUGCAACCCUGUCAUCUACUGUCUGCGGAACAAGGCAGUGCAGGCGGCUCUCCACAAAACCCUGCACUGGUCCUGA